UCCGUUUAUCCUCUUUUUUUUUUUCCCCCCCUUUCCUUGCUCUCCCUUCCAUCUUGGAAUGUACAUUACAAAGAUCUCGGGAUUCCUUGUGACACUAUGCAUUAGCACAGUUUCUUGUCAAUCACCGUUCUUCAAUCAAGAAAAAGUGUCACCCUAUGAAAAGUCUGGCAAAAUGGAACAGAUAGGCCGCACUGGUGUAGCCGCUAUGCAUGCAGUUUUAUUAAACGAGAAGAGUAUUUUAAUUAUCGAUAAAGCGGAAGAAAAUGAAGCCAAAUUAGAUUCGGGAAUCAGUGCGUAUUCCACCUUGUAUGAUAUAGAAACAAAUACCUAUCGCACACUCCUACUAGAGACCAACACCUUUUGUUCGGCAGGUGGUUUCUUAGGAAACGGUACCUUUAUUAGCACAGGUGGCGCAGAGAGUCGAGGUGCAUGGAAAGCAGGUCGAGGUCAUCAAUCCAUUCGACAUUUCCCUCCCACUUGUUCCGAUGACAAUUGUCUUUGGCAGGAAUUCCCUACAGGUAAAAUGUACAGUAACCGUUGGUACCCCACCGUUGAACAACUACCCGAUGGCGAUUUAAUCAUCAUUGGAGGUUCUAACGCAGGCACCAAAUAUAACACCGUCAUCAAGAACACACCAUCCUAUGAAUUUUGGCCACCGAGAACAGAUGAACCCAUCGAACUGGAUUUAUUGUUACAUACAUUACCCUAUAAUCUCUACCCUUUUGUCUUUCUCUUGCCCGAUGGACAUUUGUUUAUCUUUGCAUCAAAAAAAUCCAUCAUUUACGACUACAAGGAACAUAAAGUGGUACGUGAGUUACCUCCUAUGCCUGGUGUGCCUCGUUCCUACCCAUUGACAGGUGGCGCAGUCAUGUUACCGUUACGACCGGAAAACGAUUACAAUGUAGAGAUUUUAAUUUGUGGUGGGUCUGCUAGUCCUGCUGCAACAUCGGCUGCUGAUGAUACGUGUGGUAAAAUCAAUUUGGGUGACAAGAACCCACAGUGGGAGAUGGAUACAUUUGUGCAUAAACGCGUGAUGCCCGAUGGUGUGUUUGGUACAGAUGGUAGUAUUGUUUGGGUAAACGGCUGUCAACGUGGGUAUGCCGGAUACAAGGAUGCCAACCACGAUCCUACUUUCGAUCCAUUGAUUUAUCACCCAGAGAAACCUAAAGGGAGUCGAUGGCAACAAGGGUUAGCUACCACGGAUAUUGCACGCAUGUAUCAUUCGGUGGCGCUUACUUUACCCGAUGGACGUAUCUGGAUUGCCGGAUCCAAUAGUGUGGACCCUCCCGAUAUUCAUGCAAAGUAUCCUACUGAAUUUCGUGUGGAGUAUUUCUCACCACCUUAUCUCUUUCAAAAAGGCGCACGACCCAAGAUAUCUCAUGUACCGCGUAUUGUGGGUUACAACGAGACCUUUCAGAUUCUUUUGCAUUUGGAAGGUAAAGUGGGUAAAGUAGAGGUGGCCAUGAUGCGACCUGGGUUCAGUACACAUUCAAUGCAUAUGUCACAGCGUUACGUCUACUUGAACCAUGAGGUGAGUGAGGACUUUCAAUCAGUACGUAUCCAUAGUCCUCCUCAUGCCAACCUCUUUCCUCCCGGUCAGGCCUUUUUGGUCGUGAUGCAGGAUGGUGUACCCAGCGUCACCACAGAGUUCUUUAUUGAGCAUGAUAAGGACGAUCUCCUCAUUUAAUAAUAAUAAUAAUAAAAAAAAAAAAUUUAGAAACA